AUGAGUGGCAUUGAAGUUUUCUCUAGUCAAAAUGAGACUAGCCAACCAGCUGAGCACAUCCAAGUCUCUAGCUCCUGGUGUGGUCCUGGACCUGCGGCCUACGACUUCCGAACAGACACUAUCACGACGCCGACCUUAUCUAUGCUGAAGGCGAUUGCUCAAACAACCUUGAUGGAUGACGUAUAUCAAGAGGAUUCGACGACAAAUGACUUCGAGAAGUUCAUGGCCAACCUGACAGGCAAGGAAGACAGUCUGCUGGUCAUGUCGGGAACAAUGGGAAACCAGAUUGCCCUCCGAUCGCUCUUAACACAGCCGCCUCAUGCCAUUCUAUGCCAUUAUCAAUCUCACAUUCUAAAGUCGGAGGCCGGCGGCUGCUCGUCUCUGUCUCAGGCGCAUAUGCAGCCGUGCAUCCCAGCGAACGGGCAGUACCUGACCCUCGAGGAUAUUCAGCGAGACGUGGAUACUCGUGACAAUAUCCACAUUGCGCCAACCCGCGUGAUAUCGCUAGAAAAUACUCUCGCCGGCGUCAUCACUCCUUUAGAGGAAGUCCGCCGGAUCUCUGCAUUCGCUCGUGCCAACAAUAUCAAGAUGCACCUAGACGGCGCAAGAAUCUGGGAGGCUGUCGCUGCCGGAGCUGGCUCAUUGGUUGAAUAUUUAGACUGCUUUGAUACGGCCCAGAUGUGCUUUUCUAAGGGGCUCGCCGCCCCUGUGGGCAGCAUUAUCGUUGGUCCGAAAAGCACUCUACAACAUUGCCGAUGGGUGAGGAAGAGCAUUGGCGGAGGCAUUCGACAGGCCGGAAUCAUUUCAUCUGCAGCCCGUGUAGCGGUCGAGGAGAACUUCGGAAAGGGACCUAAUGGUGAAGGUGGUCGAUUGCGAGAAACCCACAAGAAGGCUAAGUGUAUUGAGAAGAUGUGGGUUGAUCGCGGUGGCGCAAUCAGUCGUCCAGUCGAUACAAACAUGGUUUGUCUGGAUUUGCCUUCCAGUGGUAUCACGGUGGAGAGAGCUAUCAACGUGGGUAAAGAGGAAGGAGUUAAAUUGUUCGGUGGAAGAAUAGUCGUCCACUGUCAAAUUGUGGAUGAUGCCGUUGUUCGCCUGGAAAAUGUUUUCGAUCGCCUGUUGUCAUCGACAGAGAAGAGGGAAGUGAUAGUCAACGAGUCAGAAUCGGUCUACAGAUAA